AUGAAGCCGAAAACCAGCGCAUUGAACAAAGCAACAAACGAGAAUGGAGAGGCUUCCGAUGCACUGCACGAAGAUUCGGAGUUUCACCAGGUGAUUGAGGAGGGAACCGAGGCUGUUGUGCAAGCUGCAAUUCACAAUGAACAGUCGGAUAGCAUGUUUUUGGCGUCAGAAGAUGAUGAUUCCGAGGGAUCAGAAGCAAGCGAACCUCUUCAUAAGAAUUUUGAAAGGAAAAAUACAGAGCAAUAUAUGGAAGAAGCUUCCUUUGAAGCAGCAAUGGUCGAUGCAAAUUCAAAUAAUAAGCAUUAUUUACGUCCUAGUGGAGAUGACUAUCUAUCCCCUGGUGAACUUGUUGAUAUGCAGUCAAGUUCAAGCUUGAAUGGCGCUCGAGGCAGCAAGCGUAAUGAUGUUGCCCAUAUCAGAAGUCGAUCCGAAAUAUCGACGAGACUCUUCAAGGACCCUAGUUUCCAGGAAGACAGUCAACAAGCCUCAAACGACACAACUCCCACUAUCCAAUCAGCAGAAACCAGCAAUCUACAAGACAACAAUCACAGAGGCAAUGCCAAGGACUUGAAGGCAUUUCUCAAAUCUAACGGAAUUGAACUCUCCGAUGUAUCGAAUGGCCAUUCAGAAGAUGCACUGAUUUUGCAUGCCAUUUUUCGCGGCUUUUGUUCCCCAGCUCUUGAUUUGGAUUGUAUAGAAAGUAUUAUCGAUAUGGAGAACGGAAAAUCAAAGAGCCCGGUCGACUUCCCUACAGAUAUUGUCAUUGAGAAUCCAUCGGCAGUACUGUAUCAACUGCUCGGACUCCCACUGUUUGAUCUUCCGAGCUAUUUUUCACUUAGUCUGCUGAGAAUAUUACUACGAUUGCUGACAAAUGAUACAGACGAAGAAUAUGAUUAUGAGGUCUUGGCGUCUUGUCCUUGGUUGGAGGAUCUGGAUAGGUCGUCGAUUGUUGGAAACGAGCGGGCUGCUUUUGCCCGUGAUCGGACUUCGUCUGUGACUUCUCUCAAGGACCAACCUUUGGUGUUAGUAAAGUCACCUCAGCGCGAUGAUGAAGGCCAGGUUGCCAAUAGGCUCUAUACCAUUGUGAGAUUUCGAAGAAAUUGGGAUGCAGCUGUGAGUGGACUGCUCUAUUUGAUUGAAGAGAUCAUGAAAUCUCCGCAGCAAAAGUAUUUGGAAGGUCCAAUUGUUCGGCUGCUGGGGAUUCUAUGCACUGCAAGUGUAAAAGUAAAUGAGCUGCGGAGGAUCUUGGCUCUAAUUAGCUCCAGCGAAAGCUCGCCACAACUGCAACUGCUGCUAACGAGAGCAUUGCGAACAGCUGCAGCUGGAGCAUCAAGAUCGUCACUUCUCGCUGGAAAAGCAAGUCCAAGAAGCUUUUUCUCCUUUGUUUCGGGUUCAGGAAUCAAGCGUACCAUUCAUCUCGAAAACUCACCAUGGCCAUUUCGAAACGAUUUCAGUAUGGCUGUGUGGUUCCGAGCAGAACGCUUUUCGCAUUCGUCGACACUUCUUCGAGUAUGCGAUCAAUCAGAAAAUGGAAUGGAAAUAUCAAUUCUUCCAUUUGAGAAAAGCUCUUCAGAAUCGCCAAUAGCCACAGUUCUAGCAGUAUCAGUUUUACAAGGCGGGAAGGUAGCGAAGCGUGUCAAGGUGCAAAAGUGCAUAUUGCAUGCGAGGGUAUGGUAUCAUGUCGCAGUCCGACACAGAAGGUCGGGUUUGAAAGGUGUCUUUUCUCUGUCUUCGCGAGAACAGUUAUCGGUAAUCUUGGAUGGCAAAUUGAUGCUUUCUGAACCGCUAAAGUUUCCGUCGAUUCCAGACCCAUUGAAGUCCUUGACUGUGUCAUUCGGUCAAAACUUCGACGGUCAAACAGGGAGCUUGUACAUUUUCCACGAUAAUGUAUCAGAGGCUACGUUUAAAGCUUUGUAUGAGACAACUGCCGGAACAGUUCAUAAGAGGCAGUCUGUUCCAAGCGAGUGGGAUUCACGUCGAGGGGAUAUCGUGAAAAAGAGUAGAGCUUUGGACCUAAACAUGAAGCGGGAUGAUAUCGAUGACAUUGUAUUGAGUCAGCGAACUAGCGGAAGGGGGACAGCGACAAAUCCCACAGUUGUUGACCUGGAAGAAGAAGAGAAUACUCCUCUGUCCAAGACAGCAUUCAACUCAAGGCUUUUUAUUGUGUGGGAUCCGAACCGGAUUGAAAAUGACGUCGCACUCGAACUUCACGGGGGCGCCCACGCUCGAAUAGAUGUGGACAAUGUCUACCACUGGACAGUUGAAGGUGCACAAGAUAUCGUCGGUAGCAUUGGUGGUUUACAAGCACUACUCCCAGCGUGUCGGUCAUUGCUUUCCGGAAAAGCCGAAAAUAUGUGGGAGUCGUUUGACAAGAAAGCAGAAAAUUCCAUCUCUCGACUCUUCUCAAAUGCUGUUUUAUGUUCGAUUAUUCCUGAUAUGAUCCUGCUUCUUUCAUCAUUCGUCCGCGAUCACAAUGAAAGCGCCCGAGAAAUGCUGCGAUGUGGAGGCAUUGAUAUCAUUGAGCAGCUGCUGCAAAGAAACAAAAUGAAGGGGAAAGGCAAAGCAUUGCUCCCGGCAAAUUCACUUGUGACAUCUAUUUCAGUCUUCCCAAAACUGUCACAACGCUUGGCCAAUGCAUUGCUUGAGCUCCACUCCUCUUGUUCCCAUUACGUUGGCUUGGAAACGAAAGUGUUCUCUCGUAUCUUGUUUAAUUCCACCCUUUGGUUUGGUGGAAACGAACCGGGCAUCUGGCUAUACACAGCAUUGCUCCCAAUUUUGUCAGCCACCACAGUGAAGAAUCCAGAGAAGGUUCGUGACUGCGUUGGAAUCAAGGAUCUAAUUCUAUGCAUAAAGGAAACAAUAGAAUCGGAGAACGAGCCAGAUAUUCCUCGAAACCUUUUCCUAUUUCAAAGAGAAUUCAAAACCCUGGAUGGGAUACCGACAUAUUUGUCCAAGGAAGAACGCCGACGUGUAGUUGAUGUCUAUCUAGCCAUGAUAUUUGCGAUCCUCGCAGUCGGAACGGAUGUUGACGGAUUUUCUCAAUUUAUACAUAUGAUAUCUGACUGUCUUGAGUAUGAAUGGGGCAAAGCUUCUCAAGAACAACAAAUGAUGCAAGAUGGGGGCAAAAUACAGAGAACAGGAGUUCGAAAAGAGCGCUAUAUUUUUGUCUGUAAAGCAACCGUAGUACUGCUGUUAUUGCUUCAGACGAGUCCGAGCGUACCCGGUAUCUACGAAAGUUUCGCUGCUACAUGUGGCAGUGUCCAGGAUGGAGCAGCUUGGAUAUUGUCGGCGGUUGUAAAUUCAUUCAGUGACGAGAUCCGAUCAAUCGGCGUUCGACUUUUGGUCACAUACGUCGACCGAACGUCCAAGAGCCCAGAUCUCCCUUUGGCACUGGAAAAGCCAAUUGCUCUUGACUCAGACAAAUCGCAAAAGGCACUGGACAGCCGAGCUUCGAUUCAGGGCAACACGUUGAGCAUAAUAUCCAAUGUUGGCCAAGGACUCCUAAAUACCAAUGUCGGAAAGGGGCUCGCGGCCUCGGUGCGAUCGAGACUCCUAUCGCCAACAAAGUUGACAGCUCGAGUUGUUUACAAGCUUCUUUGGCAUCUUCUGAAAUCUCAUAGGCACAGAAUGGGUAAAUCAACACAAGCUGGGCUCAUCAGCAUGGUCUUCACUCGAGAGGAAGAAGCCAAGCAAUUGUCAAUUGACUCUCUAAUGGAGAAUUUUCUUGCCGCUGAUGAUUUUCUUGGCGGAGUACGGAUUGAAGUGGAAUGGAUUCGCAUGGUACUAGAGGAUUCUGUUGGGCUCGAUUGCGCGUCUUUUCGAAACCCGCUGGGUACGAGCGCAAUACUGCGUCUACUUCGCUUUUUACCGGGGAAUCUUCAGGAUGAAUGGCUUGUCAACCUCUACAAAGUAUCGUCUCAGAAAAGGGCUGCACUUGAAGCGUUAUCAUCCAGCGCUGACUGGCAGUCCUGCAUAUUCCAAUUCUUGUCUGAGCUGGUUGAAAGAAUAUCAAAUAUUGGGAUGAGCUUGGCAGCACAGACUGAAGGGAGUGACAUAGAGGAGAUGCAAAUUGAAUUAGCUCAUCAAGAGAUGCAAGUCUUGGAAAACCGCCUUGAUAUUACUUUGGAACUCUAUGCCUCCUUGCUUGGGCAUUUGUUACGAGAAGGGGGUGAGCAGGCGUCUAUAGCAGUUGAGGAUGCGGCAUCUUUGCAGAGGGUAUGUCUGAAUGGGCAAGAAGUGUUCACUCUAAUUCUGAGCCGAGUGUAUGCAAACUUGUCAACUUUUGGGGUUGUGUCAAUAGACCGAUCAACAAAUGCUGCCCAUAGCCAAGAAUCGUCCGAAGGCCAAAUUUCAAUGCUCAAAAGAAGUGCUAGGCUUGUCACAGAUACGAUUUUGUCGAAUGGGAGUAAAGGUAUUGCAAUGCCUGCUGCUGUCGGCUGCUGGCGUAGUCUACGUCAUAUUACCGCUGUGACGGUUGCAGUGAUUACAAGGUUAGGAUUCGGCGUAGCGGACCAACUUGAUCCCCAAAAUGCAUGUACGUCUACUGUUGAUGCAGUUUCAGGUGGUUUGUAUGGCAUUCGGUUACGUGAAGGGCCAGAUGACUGGGUGUCGUCGAGUGAUCUUCGUGAAUUCUACGAGAAGUCCGACUUGGUUGUUUCCAGCGCAAACGGCAAUGAUGAGAAAGGCUUGGAUGCGGCACGGGAUCACGACCUUCAUCGCCGGAUAUGUCUAUCGAUAUCUGAACAGCUCCUUUCUUUACUGGAUGUGUUCAUCUUCCCAGAUUCAUUAGACGCUUCUCUGCCAGCGUCACAACUACAUGGACUUGCCCUUGUGAGGAGUACAGAAACGAGAAUUGGAAGCUCACAGGGCCCACUGCUUACAUCCUUGAUCAGACUUUCAUUGUUGCUUCUUGGCCAGUUGGAGCCGUGCAGUGUCAAGCUUCUUCAAUGUUCAAGUCGACUUCGCUGUUUUCUUCACUGGAUAUUUGAGCUAAUCCGAGAAGCCGAAUCUUUAGAGGGGUACUCUGCUGCUUUCAACAAACUCACAGCUCCAUUUGAUAGAAUGAUUCUUGCAAUCCUUCUCCAAUGUCACAGAACACUUGGUCGUUGUGGAGCCCUUCUUCGCGAGAUUGAAUCUGCGCCAUUUGAUAAACACUUCGACAGCAAAGACUCUCAGCGGAAGUCGCACCGUCGUCUGCUAAGAGUCAGUCUAGAACUCCGCGACAUUUUGGUGGCCAUUGUUGAGCGCCGGUCUGAGGUACUGAAAGCUUCUCUGUCCACUGAAGCAUUCGAAGCAAUAAAAAAGAGUCUCGAGAUUUCGCCAUCCCAAUCAAGCACCGCGAGUGGGAAAACUGGAUCAUCCCAAAAGGAAUUGCUUGUUCGCAAUCUCUUGCUUAGUGACUGGGUAGAAGGGUUUCAAGGUGUCCAUGUCAGUGAGGGUGGUGGCAUUCCUCUGCCCGAACAACUUCGGCAGCCUUCUCACGUCACUCCAGAUAAUGACGCCCUCUCGGCAGUUAGGGAUUUGCUGAAAGAAUCCGAAGAUAUCAUGACAUCGUUUGAAAAGUCUCUCAACAUCUGUUUUGAGAAAUACCUUGAAACACAGAGGAAGUGGGCAGAAACCGAUGCUGUUCGAGAGUUAGAAUGCGAAGGUGAUGCAGCGAUGAAGAGGCUUUCACAACGACACUCCAGCGAUGUGAGCGAGCUGUCGAAAGCCACCUUUGCUCGCAAAGUUGCCGCUGACGGGCGAUGGAGGAGUAUUGAUCGCAAGACUGAAGAAUUGUGGGAUGUGUACAAUCAUUGGAUGUUGGCCAAGUACACGGACAGACUCGGGCGUCGCAUCUUGUUGGUGCGGAAUCGACAAUUUGAUGACCAUGCUGAAGCAAGCUAUGACCUUCGGAUGGGGAAAGAAAGGGAGAAGGAGGAGCGAGACCGCGAAGAAAGGCUCCGAAAGAAGCGCGAGCAGGUUUCUGAUUUGAUGAAGCGCAAUGUCGAUGCCUUCAAACCACAAAAUGUCGAAGACCUUGAGGAUGAUGACAGGUCGGAAAACGAAAACGAUGCGGAUUAUGGGAUAAACGGCGAUGAGAACUCUGAUGUGCAGGAAGGAAGCCCAGAUGGCGAAAAAUCGUUGAAACCCAAAUUCGAGGAAGCAAAUACAUUCGAUGAAGAGGAGGUAUCAGAUCAACCAGCAUCCCUUCAAGGUUUUUCUGGUGAUAAUGAUGCGUGGGCUCGAGCGUUUAUAUGGUCAGAGAACGAAACUGUCGUUGCGCGCUUUGAUUCUGUAAUGAUCGUUACUCUUCAAUUUCUUGUUGAGGGGAAUCUUGUCCUUACAACACACGGCCUUUACUUUCAUCAAAUUGGUGACGCGACAAAUGUAGUAUCAAAGGAGUCCAUACAAUCGGAAGAAUCUGCCGAUAGGCGAUGGAGACUAGGUCGAUUGACGGAGGUGCAUGGUCGAAGAUAUAUGCUGCGCUCACAAGCACUCGAGCUUUUUUUCUCCGGUAGCCAUGAGCUCUUUCUAAACUUUCUUGAUGGCAGCCGAGAGAGGGAUCGAUUUUACGCAAAGCUGAGAAACAGCUGCAGGGUACCAAUGCUGUUUUCACCUCGCUCGCUCAAUCCGCGCUCCGUAUUUAGGAGAUCGAAGCUGACAGAGAUGUGGAAAAAACGAAAAAUCUCGAAUUUCGAGUAUAUCAUGGCGUUGAAUCGAAUGGCAGGGCGGACAUUCAACGAUCUCGCCCAGUAUCCUGUUUUCCCAUGGAUCUUAUCUGAUUAUUCAUCAGAGAAAAUUGAUCUGACAGAUUACGGGGUCUAUCGUGAUCUAUCGAAACCAGUAGGUGCAUUGAAUCCUAACAGGUUGUCGCAACUUCUUGAACGAUACAGCCAGCUAGAGCAGUUUGGCUUUGCCGAGAAUGAAAAGUUUCUAUAUGGAAGCCACUACUCUUCUCCUGGUGUAAUCCUGCAUUAUAUGAUUCGACAAGAACCAUUCACAUCAAUGGCUAUUGAUUUACAGUCAGGGCGUUUCGAUUGUCCAGAUCGCCUGUUCUUCGACUUUGCAGAAACCUGGAAAAGCUGCAAUACGUCUUCUUCGGACGUGAAGGAGCUGAUCCCAGAAUUCUUCACGCUACCGGAGAUGCUAUUGAACACAAACGAUUUUCCAUUAGGGACCACGCAAAAAGGAAGAUCGAUUGGAAACGUUGGCCUACCGCCUUGGGCGAAAGGGUCUGCUUAUGAAUUCGUGAGGAUCCAUAGACUCGCACUUGAGUCUGAGUAUGUAUCGAAGAACCUGCACCAUUGGGUUGAUUUGAUCUUUGGCUACAAGCAACGGGGACCAGAGUCGGAGAAAGCACGCAACAUUUUCCAUCAUUUGUCCUACGAAGGCUCUGUUGAUCUUGAUAAAAUCACGGACGAAAUAGACAGGCAGGCUGCAGAGUCUCAUAUUGCAAAUUUUGGGCAAACUCCAAGCCAAAUCCUAGUGAACGAUCCGCACCCAGCCCGGUCAAACCCCGAUGUCUGUUGGGCACCGCUCAUUAACAACAUGUCAACAACUGUUCGACUACGGUGCCAAACGCCGUCACGCCAGUUUGGUGGCAAAAGGGGAGGAUGCGGCAGUGUCGCGAAGAUCCAUGUCCAGGGCGACAUGAUCACUGCAAUUUACUCCGACCUUAAAGUUGGAACCUUCAAAUGGGCCCCAAAAAGCUCGACUGGCCGAUUGAAAUGCGAAAAACUCAAGUCAUUGCCCAACCGACAGGUGAGCAACUCUCGCUCUGUAAUAAAGCGUGGCUCUGCAGCACCGCAAACGAUGGAUAGCAGUGGGAGCAAGCUGGCAGUUGGAAAUUGGUCUUUUGCGAUAACUGUUGGUGGAUAUGAAAAGGAGCAGCAGCGACGCAAGGCUGUUAUGCCUUCAAGACUAGCGUCUGCCAAGGAUGCCCUCUACACAGACGCUGCGUUGUUGAUUGUGAGCUGCGGGUAUUGGGACCAUAGUGUUAAGGUGCACUCCACAGACUCGUGGCGCCUUGAACGAAGUGAUACUGGUGGGCAUCGAGGCGCGAUCCGAUGUUUGGCCAUGGGACACGACGGAGGUCUCCUCGUAACAGGAGGAGAGGAUUGUACUUGCCGCCUAUGGGUUGUUGAUCACCCUGACAUGGCCGUCGCACUCUCGGACGGCUAUGUGCAAACUGUCCUCGGGCAAACUACCGAUGGAGAUCACGCCAUCAGCUGUUGCCAUGUACUAUGGGGCCACCAAGCUCCCAUUAUCUGCAUUGAUCUUUCUUCUGAUCUUGAUGUGGUUGUUAGUGGCUCCUUAGAUGGGAGGAUCUGUGUUCACACUCUGCGACGUGGUGAAUAUGUUCGUUCCAUAGUCCCGCUGCCAGGUUCAGCUGCUCCAAUAGAUAAGAUUGCGGUCGAUGGCCAUGGCCGAAUCGUUGCGCAUACCACUGAGAAGCUCUUUGUCUACACUAUCAAUGGCGUUGAGCUGUGUUCCGCGGACACUGGAGAAAGAAUCCAUGACAUGGUAAUCACAGGAGAAGUGCUGGUGACUGGUGGGGAUCGGUGUCACGUCUUCAUCCGCGAUCUGACGAGCCUCAGGGUACUGUCGAGCCUAGACUUGAGCCGACACGGGCCAAUUCGAAGUAUUACUUUGACACCUGAUGAGCUCAAUCCAAUUCCUCAAAUCCUCUUCAUUGGGAGUGAUGACGGUAUGAUCUCUAUUGUGGAUCGAGAAGGGGGCAAGUAA